AUGAAGGUCAACGAGUCCAGUCGUUUACAUAUUAUACUGGGUGGUGUAGAACGUUUUGGGAAAAUGAACCCGAAAUUGAUAUAUGAUAAAUAUUUGAAAGGACCUUAUAUCCAUCAUGAUAAUAGUUCAGCCUGCAAACGUUAUGCUAUUGUUGCUCGAUGGCCUGAAUUUAAAGGUAUAUGA